AUGUUCAACCAAAGCACUGUGACAGGUUUUCUUCUCUUGGAAUUCUCUGAAAUUCGAGAACUGCAGAUUGUAUGCUUUGUGACAUUUUUCAUAAUCUACCUGACAGCUCUGGUUGGAAAUCUGCUGGUGAUCAAUGUUGUAGCACUCAACCAAUAUCUUCAUACUCCAAUGUACUUUUUCCUGGCAAAUUUAUCUACUGCCGACCUUGGUUACAUCUCAGUCACCAUUCCCAAAGCUAUAGCUAACACCAUACUGGGCACCAGGCACAUUUCGUAUUCUGAAUGUGUGGCUCAGGUCUUCUUCUUCGUUUUUUUUGCGUCCUCCGAGUUCUUCCUCCUGACAGUCAUGGCCUAUGAUCGAUACAUUGCUAUCUGCAACCCACUGCAAUAUGAGCUACAUAUGAACAAAGUAACCUGCAUUCAAAUGGUAGUUAGUGUGUGGCUCAUUGGCCUUUUAUAUGCUGUUUUGCACACUAGCUGCACAUUUGGAAUCAUUUUUUGCUCUAAUGUCAUAAACCAGUUUUUCUGUGAAAUCCCACAGCUUCUCCGGCUCUCAUGCUCCAACUCAUACAUUUUUGAAGGAGGAGCUGUCAUAUUUUGUUCAGUGUUGGGCAUAGGAUGUUUUGGAUUCAUAAUUAUUUCCUAUCUGCAGAUUUUUAAAGCAGUGCUGAGGAUCCCCUCUGUACAAGGAAGAGAAAAAGCCAUUUCAACUUGCCUUCCCCAUUUCAUUGUCCUUUUCUUAUUUUUCUUCACUGGAAGCACUGCUUACUUGGGACGAGCAUCUAGGUCCUCCUCAGACAUGGGGCUGGUGCUUGCAGUGAUAUAUUCAAUCAUUCCACCUUUCAUGAAUCCUAUUAUUUAUAGCAUCAGGAAUAAAGAUAUCAAGACAGCACUUUGGAGGCUUAUAAACAGAAAAUAA